CUCCGGCAAACAGCAAACUAAUCUGAGCAAUAAAGAGGACCACAACAAAUGGGUAAAAUGGUGCCAAUAGUGUUAUUGGUGGUGGCUUUUGCUGGCAUAAAUUGUGAGCCAGAAACGGUGAGAGAUAAUUUCGAUUAUUUCAAUUAUGGGACGAACGAAGACAACAUGCUUAAAAACUUGGACCUUCACCCGCCUAAAGACGAGAUUGUUUUACGACCCCAAGAAGUGAAAGACUGGCCACAGCAGUCUUUGAACGUUGGACAAAUAACAGCUGUGUCGAUCAAUUCUUUGGGACAGCCUGUUAUAUUUCAUAGAGCUGAAAGGGUAUGGGACGAAAGCACAUUCAACGAGUCAAAUGUGUACCAAAAUUUGGAUAAAGGGCCAAUAAUUGAGGAUACAAUUUUGAUCUUGGACCCACUCACGGGAUCGGUUCUCCACAGUUGGGGUGCUUAUGCUUUUUACAUGCCACACGGACUCACAGUCGACCAUCACGACAAUGUUUGGGUUACUGACGUCGCUAAGCAUCAAGUUUUUAAGUACACUCCAAACAACCACAAAUACCCAGUUUUGACGAUCGGAGAGGCUUUCACAGCUGGCUACCCUUACAGACGUAGAGUUCUCCUCUGUAUGCCCACAUCGGUUGCCGUGGCAACCACUGGCGAGGUCUUCGUGGCUGACGGGUAUUGCAACAACCAGAUCCUUAAGUUCAACGCAGCAGGGACGCUUUUGCUGGCCAUACCAACUGACUCUGACACCUUGACGCUGAAUCUGCCCCACAGCGUGACUUUACUGGAGCAUUUGGACAUUGUGUGUGUUGCUGAUAGAGAGAAUAUGAGGAUCGUAUGCCCCAAAGCUGGAUUGAAGAGUUACAUCAACAUGUUCGAGCCAGCAACGGUUAUUGAGGACCCAACGCUGGGAAGGGUGUUCGCGGUGGCUUCGCAAGGAGAUACUUUGUAUGCAGUGAAUGGUCCCACAUCGCAGAACAUAGCUGUUAGAGGGUUCACGGUGAAUGCUGUGUACGGAACCAUUAUGGACACUUGGGAACCGAGCACGGGCUUCACCAACCCUCACUCCCUAGCCGUGACAAGGAACGGCUCACACUUAUACGUCACCGAAAUAGGACCCAACAAGAUCUGGAAGUUCGAACUAACCGACGUAUACGACAAGAAGUAGAACAAAUCUUGUGCAAUGAAUAAAAACAUAGAAAUUAUUUUGGGAAAGUGUAAAAUAUGCUCGUACGUCACCGAGAAUAUAAUUCGCGGUGCAUUGUAUUCGACAGUUAUUAAGAAGAUGGAAAUAUUAUUGAAAUGUGUAAAAGAAAUAUACGUAGCAGUUUCAUUUAGCUUAAAUUUUCGAUCUAUGACAUUUAUUCCUUUUAACAUAGUAAAAUAUAUUCACCCUAUCCAUAGACUAUAGACAAACUAUAUCUAAAUAAGUAUAUUGUGUGGUGUGUCACAGCCAGAACUCGCAGGCAAUACAAUAAUAAUAAUAAUAUACCUAGUUUAUUCAUCUAUAUUACUUUAGCUUUCAAUCAACCAAGGCCUCUCCUUCUUAGGAUCUCUGUGCACAUUUCUUAUUCAAAUGCCUCAUUUUUUGGGUAAUAAAAUUAAAUAAUGCAAAUCAAAUAGCUGCUCAGCGUAUUUUGUACUCCUAAUUCACAGGGGGAAACA